AUGGUCGGUCUGGAGCCGUGGAUUUGGGCGCUGCCGCUGCUGAGCCGAACUGCCAAAUUCUAUUUCAAGAUCGGCUCCUACUGCGUGUUAUGCUUGGUGGGCGCCGCGGUGGCCAGCGUGGUCUGCGUCCUGUGCCAUGGGGGCCGCACCGUGCGCAACAUGAGUAUCAUCAAGAGAUUUGUCCAAACUUUCAAGUACUUUUAUGGGCUUCGGUUUGAGACACACGGUGAAGAGAAACUGCAUGAUGACAGGCCGUGUGUCAUCAUCUCCAACCAUCAGAGCAUCCUGGAUAUGAUGGGUCUGAUGGAGAUCCUCCCAAGAAACUGCAUUCAGAUUGCCAAGCGGGAGCUGCUUUACACAGGCCCUGUGGGCCUAAUCAUGUACCUUGGGGGUGUCAUCUUCAUCAACAGAAAGCAGACAAGCACAGCCAAGUCAACGAUGGAGGAGGUGGGAAACACCUUGGUUAGGGAGAAUCUGAAAGUGUGGAUUUAUCCUGAGGGAACGCGCAAUGAAAGUUAUGACCUUUUGCCAUUCAAGAAGGGUGCCUUUUAUCUGGCUGUCCAGGCCCAGGUGCCAAUCGUUCCUGUGGUAUAUUUGUCAUUCUCUUCCUUUUACCAUCCAGGGAAGAAAAUCUUCACAUCAGGGAAGAUCAAAAUAGAAGUGCUGGAUCCAAUCAAGACAGAAGGCCUGACAGUGACUGACAUCCCAAAGUUGCUAGAGACCUGCCAUUCUGUCAUGAAAGAGACAUUUUUCAGACUAUCUGACAAGCUGAGUGAAAAUGGGACCAAUGGUCCAAACAUGCAGCCUGUGCAGUAG